UCCGGUCCGUGUGAGCAGGCGACCCGCGGAGGGAGUGGACGAGGCUCCCCGCUGACUCCCGCUGCACGGUUCCUCCGAGGUUUCCUUUUUCCAUUUCGCAGUGGGGUUUUUUUUAACUCUCCAGGACCCAAGUGGACGGACUUUCUGUGUUGACAAGGAUCAGGAAGCUGUGUUGGCCACGGUUUGAGAAAGGAGCAUGGCUUCCCAGGCUGAUCUGAUGGAACUAGACAUGGCCAUGGAGCCAGACCGUAAGGCGGCUGUCAGCCACUGGCAGCAACAGUCCUACCUAGAUUCAGGAAUCCACUCAGGGGCAACCACAACCGCUCCCUCCCUCAGUGGGAAAGGCAACCCUGAGGAAGACGAUGUCGACAACCAGGUCAUGUAUGAGUGGGAGCAGGGCUUCAACCAAAACUUCGCCCCGGAUCAAGUACAAGACAUAGAUGGUCAGUAUGCCAUGACGCGUGCUCAGCGGGUCCGUGCAGCAAUGUUCCCAGAGACUCUUGAGGAGGGCAUGCAGAUCCCCUCCACCCAGUACGACGCUGCAAACCCCACCAACGUCCAGAGGCUGGCGGAGCCGUCACAGAUGCUGAAACACGCUGUGGUCAAUCUGAUCAACUACCAAGAUGAUGCUGAGCUUGCAACGAGGGCCAUACCAGAACUCACCAAACUUCUCAAUGACGAAGAUCAGGUUGUAGUUAACAAAGCGUCAGUGAUGGUCCACCAGCUUUCAAAGAAAGAAGCCUCUCGCCACGCCAUCAUGCGCUCCCCUCAGAUGGUUUCUGCCAUCGUCAGGACCAUGCAGAACACAAACGAUGUGGAAACUGCUCGCUGCACCGCAGGAACACUACACAACCUUUCCCACCACAGAGAGGGACUCCUGGCUAUCUUCAAGUCUGGAGGAAUACCAGCACUAGUUAAAAUGCUCGGCUCACCGGUGGACUCGGUCCUGUUCUACGCCAUCACCACCCUCCACAACCUCCUGCUGCACCAGGAAGGAGCCAAGAUGGCUGUUCGCCUGGCAGGUGGUCUCCAAAAAAUGGUGGCUCUGCUCAACAAAACCAAUGUCAAGUUCCUUGCUAUCACCACAGACUGUCUCCAGAUACUGGCCUAUGGAAACCAAGAAAGCAAGUUGAUCAUCCUGGCGAGUGGAGGUCCCCAAGCACUGGUCAACAUCAUGAGGACUUACACUUAUGAGAAACUGUUGUGGACCACAAGCCGUGUUCUCAAAGUUCUGUCGGUGUGCUCCAGUAACAAACCUGCUAUUGUAGAGGCUGGAGGAAUGCAGGCCCUGGGACUCCACCUGACAGACCCCAGCCAGAGACUGGUCCAGAACUGUCUCUGGACUCUCAGGAACUUAUCAGAUGCUGCCACCAAACAGGAGGGGAUGGAAGGUCUGCUGGGAACCUUGGUGCAGCUGCUCGGCAGUGACGACAUAAAUGUGGUGACAUGUGCUGCUGGUAUCCUGUCUAACCUGACCUGUAACAACUACAAGAACAAAAUGAUGGUUUGCCAGGUUGGCGGUAUUGAGGCAUUAGUUCGCACCGUGCUUCGUGCCGGUGAUAGAGAAGACAUCACAGAGCCAGCUAUUUGUGCCCUGCGUCACCUCACGUCUCGACACCAGGAUGCGGAGAUGGCCCAGAACGCUGUCAGACUGCACUACGGCCUGCCUGUAGUGGUUAAAUUACUGCACCCGCCGUCACACUGGCCACUGAUCAAGGCUACAGUUGGUCUGAUCCGUAACCUGGCUCUGUGUCCUGCAAACCACGCUCCCCUGAGGGAGCAGGGGGCCAUCCCCAGACUGGUCCAGCUACUCGUCAGAGCUCACCAAGACACGCAGAGACGCACCAGCAUGGGAGGAACACAGCAGCAGUUUGUGGAGGGAGUUCGUAUGGAAGAGAUCGUGGAGGGCUGCACGGGAGCACUUCACAUCCUGGCCAGAGAUGUUCACAACAGGAUAGUCAUCCGAGGUCUCAACACCAUACCCCUGUUUGUACAGCUGCUGUAUUCUCCCAUUGAGAACAUCCAGCGUGUAGCAGCAGGAGUGCUCUGUGAGCUGGCUCAGGAUAAAGAAGCUGCUGAGGCCAUCGAGGCCGAAGGAGCCACCGCUCCUCUCACAGAGCUGCUGCACAGCCGCAACGAAGGAGUUGCUACAUAUGCAGCAGCCGUUUUGUUCCGCAUGUCGGAGGACAAACCCCAAGAUUACAAGAAACGCCUGUCAGUGGAACUCACCAGCUCGCUGUUCAGGACAGAACCGAUGGCCUGGAACGAGACUGGAGACCUGGGUUUGGACAUCGGCGCACAGGGAGAGCCUCUGGGCUACAGACAAGAUGACCCAAGUUAUCGUUCCUUCCACUCGGGGGGUUACGGAGGGGACUCAAUGGGCAUGGAGCCCAUGAUGGACCAUGAUCUGGGUGGAGGCCACCAUCCUGGGCAGGACUACGCCCCUGUAGAAGGGCUGCCUGACCUGGCACAUGCCCAGGAACUGAUAGAAGGCUUACCACCUGCAGACUCAAACCAACUGGCCUGGUUUGAUACCGACCUGUAAAUACCAAGACCAACAUUACACUACAUUUUCUACUAGCUGUAUCAUGUGAUCUGGAUGAACCUGCAUCAUGAUUCACCCAUAUGGAGGAGGCGGGGUUUCAGAAAGUGCCUGAAGAUGACUCAACAGCGAGCAGAGUUUCCCGUCCAUGGGAACUCCAUUGGGACAAAGUAGAUUUUAGUGCAGUUUGUUUCUGGUCUCUCAGCCUGAUGAGGGGCUGACUUUAAAUCUUGACAUGACAUGCAGAUUUUUGAUCUCUGAUUGUUUUUCAGAAACCCUUUUUAUGUAUUUUGUUUCCCAUUUUUACUUUUGUUUUACUUUUUUAUUCGGUUUUCAAGUCUGUAAUGGUACAAACUGCAUCUAGCUUGCUUUUCCCCCAUUUUUAUGUAUUAUGGAUACGCAUCUCCUGUUUUGCAGUCCCUUGUAUUUUAAGUCUAUGGUAGUAUUGAGCUUUUUUUUUUUUUUUUGUUUGUCCCCCCCUUUUUUUUUUCCUUUAUUUUAGUGGUGACGUUCCAUCCAAGUAAAGAAUCGGAACACAUUUUAAAUGAUGUUCAAACACUAAAGUUAAUCAGUUGAAUUGUAUUCUGAUGAUCAAGUGUAACAUUGUGUAGCUUUUGUAUAAAAAAAACAUGAAUUGGAAAUCAUGGUCCAAAUAUUGAGCUAUUUUCUUGCUUUAAAGGAGGACACUGAUGUGUCUGCUGUUCCAAAGGGGGUUUAGCUGACCGAGCUGGGUGGGAGGGUCUGUAAAACGACUGGGGUGGAAAAGUGCUACUAUUGGUCUGCUGUUACUAAGGAGGGAGAGGUAGUGAAAGGCGCUGGUUGCUGUAGCCUGCUGUGUUCUGAAACAAUAAAAUGGACUGUCAUUUCA